AUGGCACUCCGUGUAGAAGAACCACUUAUUUUUACGAAAUCAAGUACGCCAGCGGCUAAGGCUAAUUAUGAGCGGUGGGAGCGAUCUCAUCGCUUAAGUUUAAUGCUCAUCAAAGCCCACAUAAGCCAAAAUAUUAGGGGUUCUAUCCCUAAUAGCAAUAAGGUCAAAGCUUACAUGAAAGCAAUUGAUGAACAAUUUAUAAGCUCUGACAAGCCAUUGGCCAACACCCUUAUGAAGAGGCUCUCAAGUAUGACUUUUGACAAAAGUCGUAUAGCGCGCGAGCACAUUAUGGAGAUGAGAGACAUUGCUGCAAAACUCAAGUUCUUUGAGGUGGAUAUGUCUGAACCAUUUCUUGUGCAUUUCAUUCUCAACUCCCUUCCUGCGAAAUAUGGUCUGUAUAAGAUUUCUUACAACACACAUAAGGAUAAAUGGUCAAUCAAUAAACUUUUGACCAUGUGUGUUCAAGAAGAAGAGAAGUUGAAGCAUGAGACACCUGAAAGUGUUAAUUUGGCGACUCAUAAUAAGAGAAAUGCAAAGAAGAAAAAAAGUGUUCACAUAAAGAAGAAAGGCACUUUUGACAAAGAUGUUUGUCGUUUCUGUAACAAGAAGAGACACUGGAAGAAAGAUUGCCUGAAAUACAAGAAAUGA